AUGACUUCAUGCUUGGCUUUGCCUGAUAUCCCUUUAUUCAAGAAUGCGUGUAAAUUUGCCGAAACGGACGCGACGGCUGUGGACGAUGUUCGAGUGGGCAAAACAUACUCGUACCGGGACUUAGUUUACGCGGCAGCCAAACUAAGACAACAGUUACUCCGGGAUCGUUGUGACUUGAAAGGAGAACGGGUGGGCGUUUUAUGUCCCAGCGGUUUUGCAUAUGUUGUGUGUCAGUGGGCAACAUGGGCAGCCGGAGGUGUAGCUGUUCCUUUAUGCACAAGCCAUCCUUUGGCAGAACAACAAUAUGCCGUGGAAGAGGCUCAAGUUACACAUUUCAUUGGUCACUCGGUUUUCAAGGAUCGUGUUCAGGAGCUUGUUAAGGGAACUGAUGGCUUGGAUAUCAUGUUACUUGAAGAUCAAGAUUUCAAUGUGGAAAAGCCUGUGAUCCCGGAACGGUUUCCCAUGGAUAUGGACAAACCGGCUUUGAUUAUCUUCACCAGUGGGACCACAGGAAAACCCAAAGGUGCCGUCACGACACACAGUACCAUUGAUGCGCAAGCCAGUGUGCUGGUGGAUGCUUGGCGUUGGUCCUCCAGUGAUCGCAUUCAUCACAUUUUGCCUCUUCACCACGUCCACGGCAUUAUCAAUGCAUUGACAUGCGCACUCUACUGUGGUGCCACGGUUGAAAUGCAUCAAAAAUUCGACGCAGCACAAGUAUGGUCUCGUUGGCAGGAGGGAUAUCAAAAGACGGCACCCUUGCUCACUUUGUUCAUGUCCGUACCUACCGUUUAUGCCAAACUGAUACAGCAUUACAAGUCAUUGGAACCCAAGGACCAGCAAUCCUGCUCAGCGUCCUGUCAACAGUUUCGACUCAUGGUAUCGGGAUCAGCCUCUCUACCGACUCCGCUUCGCGAAACAUGGAGAAAAAUUAGUUCAGGUCAAGUGUUGCUGGAACGUUAUGGCAUGACAGAAAUUGGUAUGGCGCUUAGUCAGGGCUAUGAUCUUGGCGAGCGUGUGGAGGGCACGGUUGGAAUGCCACUGCCAGGGGUUCACGUGCGCUUGAUGGAUGAAUCAGGCCAAAACGUAACCGAUAGUCGGGAGGUACCGGGCAUGCUGCAGAUCAAGGGUCGUAAUGUCUUCAAGGAAUACUGGCAACGACCCGAAGCCACACGUAAAGAAUUCACCGACGAUGGAUGGUUCAUCACAGGGGACAUGGCCAUGAGGGUAUCGGAAAAGGGAUACUAUCAGAUUCUGGGGAGGGCUAGCAUUGAUAUUAUCAAGAGUGGCGGUGAAAAGGUGUCUGCGCUUGAAGUCGAACGGGAAUUGUUAUCGUGUGAUCUUGGCAUUCAUGAUGCUGCCGUGGUUGGCAUUCCUGACCCUGAAUGGGGCCAACGUGUGGCGGCGGUCGUGGUCAUGGAUACUGGCAAAAAGCUUGAUCUUGUCACUUUGAGAAAUGUACUAAAAGCACGAUUGGCGAGUUACAAAGUCCCGACCCGAUUGAAAACAGUUGCUGAACUGCCUAAGAAUGCGAUGGGCAAAGUAACCAAGAAUGGCCUGUUGCCUCUGUUUGAAGAAUGA